CGCGGCAACUCGUCGGCCUCGUCGGCCUCGGAGGACAGCGGCAGCGACAGCGACCGCCGCAAGCGCGCCGUCAAGCGCGGCAACUCGUCCGCCUCGUCGGCCUCGGAGGACAGCGGGAGCGACAGCGACCGCCGCCGCAAGCGCACCGUCAAGCGUUCGGUGAAGCGCGGCAACUCCUCCGCAUCCUCGGCGUCUGAGGACAGCGGCAGCGGUAGCGACAGCGACCGUCGCCGCUCGGUGGCCACCAAGGUCAAGGUUGCCAAGCGCCGCCUGAGCUUCAAGAAGCGCGACAGCGACUCGGACUCGGCCAAGUCGGCCACGUCGGGCUCGGACUCGGACUCGGACUAG